ACCCGCUUCGAACUGCACAAACCACAACAGAAGCCUGGGCCGUUCAAGUCGGAUAUAUCCUCAUGUGGUUGUCAUUAUUGGCUAAUUUUAUUUAACCGAGUGCAAGAUAACGCUUACUAGAUUCAGACAUGGCAGGUUUACCGCCCGGAGACCCACAGCUGGUCUCCAUGAUCGUCAAUCAUUUAAAAACUCAGGGUCUCUUCGACCAGUUCAGGAGGGACUGCCUGGCAGACGUUGACACAAAGCCAGCUUACUUGAACCUGAAACAAAGAGUGGACAACUUUGUGUCCAAUCACCUUUCUAACCACACAUGGAGCCCUCAUUUGAACAAGAACCAGCUGAGAAACAACAUCAGACAACUUGUGCUGCAAUCUGGGAUGCUGGAGCAGGGGGUGGACAGGAUUGUGGCCCAGACGGUGGAUCCCAAAGUCAACCAUAUCUUCAGGCCGCAGGUGGAGAGGGUGGUUCGUCAGUUUCUGUUCCCUGGCAGCUGCUCGGAGGAGGAGCCGCCGCCACCACCGCCUUCAGCUGAGAUCAAACCAGACAGCAGCAUUCCUGAGCAAGCCUCGUCAUCUGCUCCAACUACCACGGCAGCCAGCGACGCCAUGUCCAUCCUGGACACCAUAACCUCUCUAAACCAUGAGGCCAGCGUGAGGGCGAGCACCGAUAGAGGACGUAGAGAUGAGCCCAUGAUGGGGGAGGAGGGCGAGCAGGACAUGUGUAUUGUUGAGGAAGGGGACAGCCACCAUGAGGACGAGGAAGAGGAGCUGGCUUCAGAGGUUCAGGCUCUAGAAGUGAAGACGGAGGACACGCAGGAAGAGGUGGAUCUGGGAAAAGAGGGGUUAAUAGAGGAGGUGAAGAUGGAAGAGGAGGAGUCAGGAACUCUGGAACAGACCGAAGAGGAGAAGGAAAAAGAUGCAAGCCAAACAACUGGGAAACCCACGGAGGAGAAGCAAGAUGAAGAUCUUCUGAAAUCCCCAAGUCAGGAUAAGCAGAAAGCCAGAGAGAGGAUUAAAGAAGAAUACCUUUUGGAGGACUCGGACCUGGACGGGCUGAGUGACAUCACAGUGAGCUCCGUCCACACCAGCGACCUGUCGUCGUUCGAGGAACAAAGUGAAGACGACGGGCUGUCGGACUCUUCUGAGGAGGGGGAGCUUCCAUCAGAUGAUCAAGAUGAGAAUGCAGAGAAGAAGCCGACAGACGCAGAAGAAGUGGAGCGCAAACCUCGCCGCAAGGCCUACGUUCACAAGCCCUUCCUUUACUCCCGUUACUAUAGCGACUCGGAUGAUGAAGUCACUGUGGAAGAACGAAGGAAAUCUGUGGCAAAGGACAAAGAGGAAAGGCUGCUCAAGAGACAACAGAACAGAGAGCGAAUGGAAGAGAGGCGUAAACAAAAAGCAGCACAGGCCGAAGAACAAGAUCAAAAAAUGCAGAACCUCCCCAGAGCCAAAGAGGCUCGCAAGGAAAGGAAAGUUCUGGAGAAAAAAAUGGCUCUCAACAGGAAGAGGAAGCUAGACUCAAGGAAAGAUGGAGAUGUUUCAAGCAGAAAGAGAGGAGAUACGGAAGGAUCCAAGAAAGCGGAAUUGAGACCUACACCUUUAAAGCCUCCACAACCGAAAUUAAUGAGAAAUCUAUCAGAAUCAGUUUCGUCUGAUGAGAGGAACAGAAGGAUGAGCGGCAGCGUCUCAGAAGACUCCAGUGAACCCAAAAAGCUCUCAGAAAAAAGCCGGACUCACUCCUUCAUCCUGGAGCUGGAGCAAGGUUCCCAAGAGACUCUCAAACCACGCACCAGUGGGAAAUUUGAUCGGUUGUCCCGUAAGGAACCUCACCCUAAAGAACGCAAAGACAAAGAACGCAGCUUGUCAGAUGAACGUUUCAAACUCAAACAAAAGCAGGAGAAAAAAUCAGAACAGCAGGCAGAAGAAUCUCAGCAGAAGGAAGCUAUUAAAGUGUCCUCUGAAGACAAAGGGGAGAAGAAGCCUAAGAUUAAAAGUGAGAAGAAAAUGGCCGGGACUACAAGAGAGGGGAAGUCGUCAGAAGCUGUGGCAGAGGAGGGUCCUAAAGAUGCUGCUGUCAAGAAGGUAAGAGCUCCAUCUAUUGAUACUGUUAAAACAGAGAAGGACAAAAUAAGGGAAAAGGGUAAAGACAAGGUCAAGGGAGAGAAAGCUUCAGCGAAAAGUGAAUUCAAGCAGCUGCUCCGCCACGAUUCUGCCGGCUCUUCUGAGGACCGGUCAGACCUGGAGCCGGGGUCCGACAGCAGCAAGAGGAAAGAUAAACCCUCAAAGGAAGUCCUGAAAAGGUCAAAGAGCCACACUGAGAACAGGCCAGGAGACAAACCCAAAUCUAAAACUGAAGGUAAAGACAGCGAGAAGGAGAAGAGCAAAGCAGAUCAAGACAGCCAGAGAUCAAUCAAGUCUGGCUCUGAGAUGGACAAAGAUUCAAAAAGGGUCAAGCCCACAGAAAAAGUUAGAACCGUGGAUAAAUCGAAAUCAAAAUCUAAAGAGGAAACAAAGACUCCAUCGUUAUCGAAGACGGAUAUUAAAGUUCAGAGUUCAGCAGCAAAACCUGAGACGUCAAAGGAGAAGAGAAAAGAGGUAAAGGAACAGCCAAAGGUUUCAGAGGAGCUUCCCCAGGAGAAAUCUGAAAUCAAGACUGCAAAAAAAAAAACAGAGAAGAAAGACAAAGUCCCAGAAAAGACAGACGAUAACGAGGAGGAGAAGAAAACCCCCAGAGAAGACAAAUCGGACAAAUCUUCAGUGUCCUCACUCGACGCAGAGGAGCAGCAGAAGAAACCUUCCCUUCUGCAGGAAACCAGCACCGACUCGGACCCCGUCACCACCCCCUACUCAGACGAUACCUGCGACGCACUGAGCGACAUCACCCCCGAGCCCCCCGAGGGCGACACAGAGUCCCGACUCAGCGAGAUCCCCGUCCUGCCCGCCGAGGCCGACGCCCUGCUGGCUCUCAUGGACGUCUGUGCUUCAGCCGAGGCCAGACUCCCCCCCGAGGAGCCGGAGACCCUCCUGCAGGACGCUGAUCUGAUGAAGGAGGCCGCUCUCACUCUGCUGUCCAUGGAUCCUAAAGGUGCCUCCAAAAUAAUUCCCCCAAAUAAAGGGGAGGUACCAAAGGAAAGUCAGACGGCCCGACAACUGGAGGAAACUCCUGAAGCUGAACCGUCUCCAGCUGCUGUCGUUGAGGAACCAAGCACUGCAGAUGUGUCGGAGUGUUCAGAGAAAGAAAAGGAUGUAGGAAAGGAGUCUCCUGCUCCACAGGAUGAUGAAACUACUUCAAAUCAAUCUAUUUCAAAUAUGGAUGAAGCUAAAACUGCAGAAAUCGCUCCUGAGAAACAGCUGGAUGGAAACACGGCACCGGCAGCAGCAUCAACUACCAACGAAGAUGCUAGUACUUUAGUGUCAGAAGAAGUUGGAGAAACCACAGAUGAAAGCACUACUGCAGUUGAUACCACUGAACAAGUCUCAGAUAUUCCCACUGAACAAGUCUCAGAUAUUCCCACUGAACAAGCCUCAGAAGUUUCCACUGAACAAUUCUCAGAAGUUUCCACUGAACAAGUCUCAGAAGUUUCCACUGAACAAGAGCAAACUGAGGCAGAGGUUGUAGACACAAAGACGAGCCCGAAGGCCGAGGAAGUGGUAGCUGAUGACGACCAGGACAAGAUGGAUGUAGAUCAUAGUGAAGCUGAGAGUAAGACAGUGGAGGAAGGAAACGUUGCCACAGAAAAGAGUGAGCCACAAACUAUGGAACACAAUGCACCGCAGAAGACUGAGGAGAUCAGAGAAAGUGGAUCAGUGGGUCAGUCCGUACUGGUCAAACAAAUUAGUAAUGUCUCCAGUACAGACAGCCAGGAAGAUGAGAAGGGGUCAGAUCUGUCAGAAAAGGAAGAGAAGACGGAGGGACGAGGAAGACGUAAGCGAAAGCUGUCCACUCAGAAAGUUGCCGCAGUGAAGGAAUCUGGUGAUGAGAGGGAUGAAAAUGAAAGUAAAGAGCAACCGUCUGCUGAGGAAACGGACCAGGAGAAGGUUGUGGAGGUCAGGACGCCUCGCAGGGGUCGAUCAUCCAAAACCAGCGAGGAGGCUGAGAAGGAGCAACCUAAAGAACCUGAGAAACCAGAGGAGACCCCGAGCCGCGGGAGGAGGCGCUCAGGAGCGGCUGCCAAGGAAACCACCUCUGCUGAUAAUCAGAAGAAGGAGGAGAACAAAGACGACAAGAGCACCGAGACAGAAGAGGCAACAGAAGAAGAAAGUGGACCGAGGAAAUUAACACGGCGAGGAAGUCAAGUCGCUCUGCCGUCGACUGUUCCAGAAGAAUCUGCCGCUGCAGGAAGCUCCGACUCCAAAGACGCCACUGACACACGUAAACCAGCGGUGAAGAGGAAGAGGUCCGAGGAUACGGAGGAAUCUGUGGAGGAAACUCAGGCUGAAGAGGAGGAGAAGAACGACUCCAGUCAACAGGAACCAAGUGAACAACCUGAAGAAGACAGUGUUUUGUCCCCUGCAGCGAGCCAGGCAGAGAGUGAAGAGGAGAUCUGCAGCGAGAAGAAACCAGACGAUGUUGAAGAGGAGGACCAGGAAGCGACUCCAAAGAGAACAGGUCGGAGGGGACGGCCGUCAAAGUCAGCGGCAGCCCCCGAGGAUCCAGAUAAAAAGGAAGGAAAGGCAGACGAGAGCGAGCAGAAUGAUGAUGAGGAGGACGACGACGACGAUGACGGUGAUAAAGAAGACGGAGACAAAAGAAACGCAAGGAGAGCAACAACACGAUCUGCAGCUCGCCUGGAGGCCGAGAAGAACAAGCCGAGUAAACCCUCCACCCGGGCGAACCGACAGAACGGCCAAGAGGAGAGCGCAGCUGGCACACGCGGGACGAGGGGCCAGGCAGCAGCAGUGAAGGGGCGCAAACGGGAGGCCAGCCCCCCUGCUGUGCGGAUGCGGGGAGGACAGAAAUCUGAGGAGCCCCCGUCCAAGAGAGCCAAACGCUAAAGCCUCAGACUUUCUGUUUGCCCCGGCGGCGUUUUCUCUGCACUCCAUAUUAUUAAAGUCCGUUCUGUUGCCGGGGGGGUCAGAGGGUCUCUGCAGUCAGUUAGCAUGUCGAGACGUUUCUGCUUCACUGACUGCAGAUAUUGAAAAGCUCUGGAUAGUAUUAAUCUGAUGGUUGUGUGUAAACCUGAGGAUCUGUGCGGGAAUCCCCCCAGAAUACCUUCUACCGCACUACGCCCAUAUGGUUUGCAUCAGACUUCAUCAUCCCACCGUUUAUUCAGUAAUGCCCAGCUCCAGCGUGCUCCAGCUCCAGCGUGCUCCAGCUCCAGCGUGCUCCAGCUCCAGCCCAAUCUCAGGCCUAACAGCAGCCCAGUCGUACUUUCAGGUAAAGAGGCUGAAUUCAAAUCUGCGUUCCUGCUGGGACUUUGUGUAAAUUCAAACACUUCAAUCAUUGUGAAGCGUCUUGGCCAUUCAUUGGGAGUUUUUCAAUAUUCAUUCUGUGAAUGAAAGGAGAGGUUUUCCCUCCUAGUCUUUUUUAAGUUGUGUUUUUUAUACUUUUCACACGGUAAGGGACACGUAUUAGUUUGUUUUUUUAAAUAACGGCAGUAUUAGCAUCAGACAGGAAAAACCUUGAACAGUGACUUUAUGAACUGAAUCUACUUCAUGACACAAGUGUAACAAAGAACAGUUUGUUGGUGUCAAACUCAUGUGAUCUAGUUAUGUGUAUUGUUUCAACUGUAUAUCAAUAUAAUAUGUUGCCUACCUGUCAAUGUAAAGACAUCUUUUUAUAAAUGUAAAAAUACCUAA